GCCUCCUGGGUCCGGGCAACUGCGAGAAGCCGCAACCGGCAAAAGCGAGUGCUGGACCCGCAGUUCCCUCGGGGGCCAGGGGCGGGCUGGCGGCGGGUGGACCGCGCGCCGGCGCCAUGCCGCGUUCCUUCCUGGUGGACUCCCUUGUGCUGCGGGAAGCCAGCGACAAGAAGGCGCCGGAGGGCAGCCCGCCACCGCUCUUCCCCUACGCGGUCCCCCCGCCGCACGCGCUGCAUGGCCUCUCGCCCGGCGCCUGCCACGCGCGCAAGGCCGGCUUGCUGUGCGUGUGUCCCCUCUGCGUCACCGCUUCGCAGCUGCACGGGCCCCCCGGGCCGCCAGCUCUGCCGCUACUCAAGGCGUCCUUCCCCCCCUUCGGAUCGCAGUACUGCCACGCGCCUCUGGGCCGCCAGCACUCGGCCGUGUCUCCUGGAGUCGCCCACGGCCCGGCCGCGGCCGCAGCAGCGGCCGCGCUCUACCAGACCUCCUAUCCGCUGCCGGACCCCAGGCAAUUUCACUGCAUCUCCGUGGACAGCGGCUCGAACCAGCUGCCCAGCAGCAAAAGGAUGCGGACGGCGUUCACCAGCACGCAGCUCUUAGAGCUAGAGCGGGAGUUCGCCUCCAACAUGUACCUGUCCCGCCUGCGGCGCAUCGAGAUCGCGACCUAUCUGAAUCUGUCCGAGAAACAAGUGAAGAUCUGGUUUCAGAACCGCCGAGUGAAGCACAAGAAAGAGGGCAAGGGCAAUAACCACCGCGGCGGCGGCGGUGGCGGCGGUGGCGGUGGCGGAGGAGCUGGGGCGGGGGCCGGCGGGGGCGCAGCGCAAGGCUGCAAAUGCUCUUCGCUCUCCUCGGCCAAGUGCUCCGAGGAUGACGACGAAUUGCCCAUGUCUCCAUCCUCCUCUGGGAAGGAUGACAGAGAUCUCACAGUCACUCCGUAGGUGCGCUUUUCAGAGGACCACUGGCCGCCCUCCGGCCCUUCCCUCUCCUCAAAGACUGAUCCCCCAGGCACCCGUUGCCAAUCGAUGGAUUUUGGUAGGGCUUUGCCACGGUACCCAGCUCUAGGCAGAGCUGAGAUUUUAGCAGAGACUUGAAGGCAGUGUCCCUGUCCCUUAGGCUCCAGGGUGUCUAGGAGGACUCCAAGUUCGCCAGGUCCUCCUCCCAAGACACAGCCUUCCCCGAGGGUGUAGGCCUGAGCCCAGCGCCUUGCUGGCCCACGGCCUGCCUCCUCGCCCGCGCAUUCUGGGCUAGUUCAGGCUUUCUCUCGCUCUCUUUCUCUCUCUCUCUCUCCCCUCUCUUCCUCGGUCAAGCUGAGCCUUUCACUCCGCGAAUGGCUGUUUGCGUCCGUUUUGACAUUUUUUUUCCUUGUCCUCAACUCUUUCCCCACAGUGGUCAUUUAUGCAACACGUUUAUGAAGUAAACUUUUCCUUCCCCUUCCCCCCUCCCCAGGGAGCCUCUUCCUUCAGUCCGUUUGUCCCUUGAUUAGGGACAGGUCUUGCUGUUCGAAGUCCUCUUAGCAGAGAGGAAAUGUCUCCAGUGGUGUUGUACUGGAGAAAAUGACUUAGUUUGUUUCCAUCACGUUCUACAUCCGUCAAAUGAAAACUGAUCCCUCUUCUCCACCAUAAACGACCUCCCUCACCCCCAUCCUCCAGGUCCUGACCCCUCUGGGGACUGACUGUAAUUGUAUGGUCUCUGUAA